GCUUCUAUUCCUUUCUCCUUUGUACUUAUCUAAUCUUCUUACUCCUCUCCGUUUCAUGGCUUCACUUCCGUCUCCACUGCUUCUCACCACCAUUUCUGUACUCCUCUCGGUCAUCCUCACUCGUUGCUCGGUGGCAGUAACCACCAGUCCGUGCGAUUUCACUGCCAUUUUCAACUUCGGCGACUCCAACUCCGACACCGGUGGCUUAUCCGCCGCAUUCGGCCAGGCGUCUUGGCCCCACGGGGAGUCUUUCUUCGGAGGCCCCGCUGGCCGAUACUGCGACGGCCGCCUCAUAGUUGAUUUCAUAGCGGAGGGUCUUGGAUUACCGUAUCUAAGUGCGUACCUUGAUUCCGUGGGAAGCAAUUUCACUCAUGGAGCCAACUUUGCCACUGCCGGAUCCACCAUCAGACCUCAGAACACCACCCUUCGUCAGAGCGGUUUCAGCCCCAUUUCCUUAGACGAUCAGUGGGUCGAAUUCAAUGAUUUCCAUAGGAGAUCACAAAUUGUUCGUAGAAGAGGUGGAGUUUUCAAGAAAUUAUUGCCAAAGAAAGAAGAUUUUUCUCGCGCCUUGUACACCUUUGAUAUUGGUCAGAACGAUCUCACAGCAGGUUACUUCUCCAACAUGACCACUGAUGAAGUCAGAGCAUAUGUUCCGGAUUUGCUUAAUCAUUUCCAGAACAUUGUUAAGAAUGUAUACAGCCAAGGAGGCAGACGUUUUUGGAUACACAAUACAGGUCCUGUUGGAUGCCUGCCAUACGUCUUGGAUCGCAUUCCAGUCUCACCAUCUCAGAUUGAUAAAGCUGGAUGUGCCACUCCCUUCAAUGAGGUAGCUCGGUACUUCAACCGCGGAUUGAAGAAAGCUGUAAAACAAUUGCGCAAAGAUUUACCUCUAGCUGCUUUAACUUAUGUUGAUCUUUAUUCGCUCAAAUACACCCUUUUUAGUCAGGGAAGAAAGUAUGGGUUUCCACGACCAUUGAUAACAUGCUGCGGUCAUGGUGGGAAGUAUAACUACAAUAUGCACAUUGGGUGCGGAGCAAAGAUUAAGCGUCAUGGGAAGGAAGUGUUGGUGGGAAAGCCUUGUAAGGAUCCAUCUACUUCUGUUGUUUGGGAUGGAGUACACCUUUCUCAAGCAGCUAACAAAUGGAUCUUUGAUCGGAUUGUUGAUGGAUCCUUUUCGGACCCUCCAGUUCCAUUGAAAAUGGCAUGUUUUAGGAAGGAAUUAGCAUCGGAUCAGCAUUAGUUUCAAGAAAAAUUUGCUGAUUGUUAGAUGCUAUAGUGUGUGAUUCUUCUUUCCCUUUUUCCACUGAGGGUUUGCUGUGAUUGUCCAAACUGGUAUUGGUUCUGAUAAGAUCGUUUCUUAAUUUAAGAUUUUUUUCUCUUAAAAAUGUUGUACAGUUGAGAUUAUAUAACUUAAAUCAUAAUAUUAAAAGGAUUUAUUUAUU